AUGGAAUACCACAGACACAUGGAGCCUCACCAGCAGAGCCAGACGAGCCAGUGGAACUACGGCUGGGGCCCGCCGGCGCCCGCCGCCGCCCCGCCCGCGCCCGCGCAGCGGAACAAGCGGGCACACUCGGAGAGCGAAGACGAUGCCUUCUCGGAGGGCAGCAGUAAGGAUGCUACGUCUCCAGGCGGCGACUCCUGCCAGCUGAUGACGCGAAAGCGAAGGCGUGGCGUGAUCGAGAAGAAGCGGCGAGACAGGAUCAACACCUCGCUCACGGAACUGAAGAGACUGGUGCCUGCAGCUUGCGAGAAGCAGGGAUCUGCUAAACUGGAAAAAGCGGAGAUUCUGCAACUGACCGUGGACCACUUGAAGAUGUUGCAUGCUAAAGGUCUAGACACACUAGCGUACGACCCGCAAAGGUACGCGAUGGACUACCACAGCAUCGGCUUCCGAGAAUGCGCCGCCGAGGUCGCGCGGUACCUCGUCAGCUGCGAGGGGCUCGACAUCCAAGACCCUCUGAGGCUGCGGCUUAUGAGUCACUUACAAUGCUUUGCUGCCCAGCGGGAACUUGCCGCUAAAUCGGCGAAUUGGGGCUACCCGCAGUACCCGCCGGUGCAGCACAGCGCCGGGUACAGCGAGCUGCGGCAGGACAGCGCGCCGUCCGUCUCAGCGCCGUCCUCCGUCGCAGCGCCGCUGUCAGCGCCGCCCAGCUACCCGCACUACCCCGCGCCCGCACCCCCCGGCCCGCUGGCGCCCCCUGGUCCGCAUCCAGCUCCCCCUGGCCCCCAUCCUGCCCCGACUGCCCCUCACUACCCAGCACCGUACCCCCAUCCGCCACAUCACCAAUAUUCACAAAAUACCUCCAAACCCUAUAGACCGUGGGGAGCGGAAUUAGCCUACUGA